AUGAGCUGGCCGAUGGGAAGGUGCGGGGCUCGGACCCGUAUGAGCUGACCGAUGGAAAGGUGCGGGGCUCGGACCCGUGUCAGGCCAGGUGUCUGGCAAAGGACGCCGAGGCACACCAGACGUCUCCGAAACCGGACGGCGGAUACGGGUGGCUCAUAGUGUUCGCCUCGUUUUUGGCCCAUGUCACCAUCUACGGCGUUUCGUGGUCGGUCGGAGUGUUUAACAUCAUUUUCCUAGAAGAAUUCCAGCAAUCAAAAAGUACGACAGCAUGGGUCGGCUCUUCAUUAAACGCUCUUAUGUACACAUCGGGAAUCGUCUCGUCGGCACUGGUGCGUCGGCACGGCUGUCGACGGGUGCUGAUCGCCGGAGGGCUGCUGGCCGCCGUCGGUAUCGCACUGUCGGCGCUGGCCCACCGCCUCUUCGUGCUCUAUUUUACCUUCUCGCUGCUCGGAGGCGUCGGUCUCGGUCUCGCCUACAUCCCGGCCGUGGUGAUCGUCAGCGAGUAUUUCGAGCAGCGGCGCACCAUCGCGCUCGGCCUGGCCGUCUCGGGUGUCGGCCUCGGCGGCUUCGUCUUCCCGCCCGUCAUCAGGGCGCUGAUGGAGGUGCACUCGUGGAGGGUGGUGCUGCUGAUCAUCGCCAGCAUCGUCUUCAGCUGCCUGACCGUCUGCGGCGCGCUGAUGAGGCCGCACGGACCGCCCGACCGCACCACCGUUGGCUACCUGGCCGAGCUCCGGGAGAAUAUCGGCAUCAUGAAGUCUGUGCCGUUUGUAACGCUGUGCUUCAACAACCUGCUCUACUGUUUCGGCCUGGUGAUAGUGUACGUGCAUCUGGGCGGGCUGGCGCUCUCCUCGGGCCUCUUCAGCAAGGCCAACUCGGGGCUCAUCUUCUCCAUCGUCGGCGUGUCCAACCUGGUGGGCCGGGUCCUGCACGGCGUGGUGUGCCACUUCCCCCGGAUGACCACCAUCCUGGUGUACAUGAUCUCCAGCGUGGGCUCCGGCCUGGCCACCGUCCUGAUGCCCAUCUCCAGCAGCGUCACAGCGCUGGCCGUGUGCGCGUGCGUGUUCGGCUUCUGCAGCUCGUGUCUGGGCGCGCUGCUGCCGGACAUCAUCAUCCGUCUGGUGGGCGACCAUCGGCUGGGCACCGGCUACGGCCUGCUGCUGCUCUUCGAGGGCGCCGGCUCCAUGCUCGGAGGACCCGUGGCCGGGAUGCUGUUUGACUACAUGCUGGUGUACGACUACAGCUUCUACCUGUCCGGGGCGCUGCUGCUGGCCGCCGGACUGGUCAUGGUGGUGCCCUGGCGGUACACGCACUCUUGGCGGCGCGCCGAGAGUCUGUACCGGCCGGCAGGCAGCGCCGACACUGACAGUCCCCAGCGACGGGCGCGCCGAAAGGACGCCGAGGCCGGACGACAGGGUCCCUCCGCGGGCCCCUGCACCAGCCGACAGGGUUCCUCGGCGGGCCCCUCCACCAGCCGACAGGGCCCCUCCACCAGCCGACAGGGCCCCUCCACCAGCCGACAGGGCCCCUCGGCGGGCCCCUCCACCAGCCGACACGGCCCCUCCGCGGGCCCCUCCACCAGCCGAGAGGGCCCCUCCACCAGCCGAGAGGGCCCCUCCACCAGCCGAGAGGGCCCCUCCACCAGCAGACAGGGCCCCUCCACCAGCCGAGAGGGCCCCUCCCACUGUCAGCCGCCAGAGGACGCAGAGGCAGAUCAGGGUGUGUAAUGGCCGGUACUGCUGGCCGCGGACACGGGGAGGGGCGGAGGGCGCCCUCUGCCGGACCGCCCGUACCCGUCUGGACAGGCUCAGUGUGAAAGGAACGCCGCCAGCGCCAUUCGCGGCCGGUCGCUGACCACUGGACGGUGGAUAAAGAGAGGGGGAGUUGAGUCGCUGUGCCGGCCGGACUGGCCUCUGGCGGUCCGCGGCACAGGGGACCCAGUCGGCCCGGUCGCGGCCCACUGAUAGCCCACCAGUGCCGGUCCUCCGUGCCGGUGGCUGCCGUCACGGGCGGGGACACAGGCGUCCGGCUACUCAGUGCCUAUUGUACACAGCUCACGGUGUUUUGUGCCCAGCUCACGGUGCAGUGUGCACGGCUCAUGGUGUUUUAUGCCCAGCUCACGGUGUAGUGUGCACGGCUCACGGUGUAGUGUGCCCAGCUCACGGUGUAGUGUGCCCAGCUCACGGUGUAGUGUGCACGGCUCAUGGUGUAGUGUGCACGGCUCACGGUGUAGUGUGCACGGCACACGGUGUAGUGUGCCCAGCUCACGGUGCAGUGUGCACGGCUCAUGGUGUAGUGUGCCCAGCUCACGGUGUUUUGUGCCCAGCUCACGGUGUAGUGUGCCCAGCUCACGGUGUUUUGUGCCCAGCUCACGGUGUAGUGUGCACGGCUCAUGGUGUAGUGUGCACGGCUCAUGGUGCACAGCUCAGAGUGCCCGAGUCUCAGUGGCUGACGUAAUCUGUGUGUAGCGAGGCCAGCAGUCGGGAACAGAGAGUGGCGGCGGCGCGACUGUCGCAUUGCCUUGGAGAGGGAAGCGCUCGAUGGCCCAGCUCACGCCUGCGUUAUCAAUAUCGCCUCACAUCGACAGCGUAGAGCCGAGUGUGUAUAGGCACUGCAUAGUGUAUGCGUACAUGUUACCGGAGAAGUGACCGGUAUAAUGCGUGUGAGACGACUACCGUAAGAGAGCCGCUACCGUUUGAUAUUAUUAUGCUGGCCGUGAUGCGUCCUAAUGGUUCUAGUUGACAGUCUGUAUUUUUGUAAAAUGUAUGACUGGGAGGUUCAUGCUGGCUGAUACGGCCGCACUCGGUCCAAUAAUGCGGCUUCUGUUCGGAAAUGUCGCAGCAGCCCGGCUCUGCCGACUUUCCCGCCACUGGUAUGUCCGUCUGUGUGUGGUGUGUGUGUGUGUGAACGUCUGGUCUGAGACCGGUGGUGCUGACAUGUAAUGCUCGAGUACGACCUUUCCUGUCCUGGUUCAACAGAGCUCGGCGACGUACAGCACACGCACGUCCAAAGCUAACAGUCAAAUAAGACGGUAGGUCCCCAAGCCCUUCAUUGACGAAACUGUGAGUUAUGAGCACCUACAUCACAUGGCGCACGCACAGUAUGGCUGCUCCCUCCCCAGUUCGUCCGAUCGCUCCUCCGUGAGGUUUGAGCCGCGCCCGUGAACCCGCAGCGGGAUGGGACGGCAGUCCCUCCCCCUCCUACUCAGUGAUGGGCCUCCGGGAGGUUGGUAGCGCACGUCCAUGACCAAGGUAUCUAGCCAGCGUCUCGCUUUCAGCUCAUUCCCAGAUAACAAGGGCCUCUGUGAGGUGAAAAGCACGUUCGAGGCCAACAUAAGAAUGAAACAGAAUGAAACUCGCUCUCGCUCUCGCUCUCGCUCUCUCUCUCUCUCUCUCUCUCUCUCUCUCUCUCUCUCUCUCUCUCUCUCUCUCUCUCUCUGUCUCUCUGUCUCUCUGUCUCUCUGUCUCUCUGUCUCUCUGUCUCUCUGUCUCUCUGUCUCUCUGUCUCUCUGUCUCUCUGUCUCUCUGUCUCUCUGUCUCUCUGUCUCUCUGUCUCUCUGUCUCUCUGUCUCUCUGUCUCUCUGUCUCUCUGUCUCUCUGUCUCUCUGUCUCUCUGUCUCUCUGUCUCUCUGUCUCUCUGUCUCUCUGUCUCUCUGUCUCUCUGUCUCUCUGUCUCUCUGUCUCUCUGUCUCUCUGUCUCUCUGUCUCUCUGUCUCUCUGUCUCUCUGUCUCUCUGUCUCUCUGUCUCUCUGUCUCUCUGUCUCUGUCUCUCUGUCUCUCUGUCUCUCUGUCUCUCUGUCUCUCUGUCUCUCUGUCUCUCUGUCUCUCUGUCUCUCUGUCUCUCUGUCUCUCUGUCUCUCUGUCUCUCUGUCUCUCUGUCUCUCUGUCUCUCUGUCUCUCUGUCUCUCUGUCUCUCUGUCUCUCUGUCUCUCUGUCUCUCUGUCUCUCUGUCUCUCUGUCUCUCUGUCUCUCUGUCUCUCUGUCUCUCUGUCUCUCUGUCUCUCUGUCUCUCUGUCUCUCUGUCUCUCUGUCUCUCUGUCUCUCUGUCUCUCUGUCUCUCUGUCUCUCUGUCUCUCUGUCUCUCUGUCUCUCUGUCUCUCUGUCUCUCUGUCUCUCUGUCUCUGUCUCUCUCUCUCUCUCUCUCUCUCUCUCUCUCUCUCUCUCUCUCUCUCUCUCUCUCUCUCUCUCUCUCUCUCUCUCUCUCUCUCUCUCUCUCUCUCCACCGCCCGUCCAGUCUGGCGGUCCUCUGUUCUAGCAGCUGCUCUGAUGAAGCUACUGCUGGCCCCCCGGUCCGCCACACAUCGCUGUUCGCGUAAAGCAGUGCCGUGGAUCUGUGCACUGUCCGACCCCAUCAGAUGUCCCCAGUCCAGCCGAGCUGGAACCGAGCAGAGCAUGUCUGCGACGGUGCGGCUCGAGUUGCGGACCUUCCCGACUGGGCCCGGGAGCUGCAGACCCUACCGGCUGACCCGGGCGCCGUAUCAUGUCACGUGUGUGCGUCGCGGAAUCUGCUGACGCCAGCAGACUCGUGGGUGAGCGCUCACAGCAGUGAAGACGGGCCGAAAAUAAAUAUUAACCAGCA